GUGAACACAGGAAGUGGACUGGAGGUCGCUGUUGCCGCUACAUCUCUGCACUCAUGCAUUUCUCACAUGUGGAUGUGUUUAUUUAUCGGAGCAAAAAAUGAGGAAACGACCAGAGAUUGAAGCUGAAGAACCGGGGACUGGAUUUUAAUUCGACUGGACACAUUUAAAUAACGGAGUCAUGCCGCUGUCAGACUUCCUGGACGGUCUGAAGGACAACCCUUACUUUGGGGCAGGGUUCGGUCUGGUUGGGGUCGGAACAGCGCUGGCUGUGGCUCGAAAAGGAGCCCAAGUGGGGAUGGUCUUCUUCCGCCGACACUACAUGAUCACUCUGGAGGUGCCCAGCAGAGACAAGAGCUACACCUGGCUCCUGAGUUGGAUCACCAAACAUGCCCGACACACCCAGCACUUGAGCGUGGAGACGUCCUACCUGGCUCAUGAGAGCGGACGGGUGCACACGCAGUUUGAUUUCCACCCAAGCCCUGGUAACCAUAUCAUCUGGUAUGGAAGAAAGUGGAUCAGAGUGGAAAGGACAAGAGAGAAGCAGAUGGUGGAUCUGCACACUGGAACACCAUGGGAGUCUGUCACCUUCACUGCUUUAGGAAGAGACCGGCAAAUAUUCUUCAAUAUACUGCAAGAAGCAAGAGAACUGGCUCUGAAGCAGGAGGAAGGGCGGACAGUCAUGUACACGGCCAUGGGAGCAGAGUGGAGGCCGUUCGGGUUUCCACGGCGACGCAGACCUCUCUGCUCCGUGGUGUUGGAGUCAGGAGUGGCUGAGAAGAUAGUUGACGACGUGAAGGAUUUCAUUGGGAACCCCAAGUGGUACACUGAUAGAGGUAUUCCCUACAGAAGGGGAUAUCUCCUUUAUGGUCCACCAGGAUGUGGAAAAAGCAGCUUUAUCACGGCUCUUGCUGGAGAACUGGGCUACAGCAUCUGUCUGAUGAGCCUGAGUGAUCGCUCCCUCUCGGAUGACCGUCUCAAUCAUCUGCUCAGUGUGGCGCCACAGCAGAGCAUCAUCUUGCUGGAGGACGUGGACGCUGCUUUCGUCAGCCGAGAUCUGCAGCCAACAGAAAACCCUCUGGCGUACCAGGGGAUGGGCCGCUUGACCUUCAGUGGACUUCUAAACGCAUUAGAUGGAGUCGCCUCCUCUGAAGCCCGAAUAGUUUUCAUGACCACCAACUUUAUUGACAGGUUGGAUUCGGCACUGAUCAGACCUGGACGUGUGGAUCUGAAGCAGUACAUCGGCCACUGCACUCACCAGCAGCUCAUGCAGAUGUUUGCGCGGUUCUAUCCAGACGAGCCCGCCGCCGAGUCAGAGCGCUUUGCUAAAGCUGUCCUCUCCAGCCACACGGAGAUCAGUGCUGCUCAGGUGCAAGGACACUUUCUCAUGCACAAACUGGACCCCAAAGGAUCAAUAGACAAUGUGGGCAGAUUAAAAGGAUGAUGGACCAGUGCUGCUCUUUGCUUGCAUUUGUGGGGAAAAACCUGUGUGUGUGUA